AUGGCCACGGAGCAAACAGGUAGCAGGAAGCGGAAAGCGCCCGCCAUCGAGGGGGCCGCUGCGAGCUCGUCGUCCCAGGGCUUGGUGGCGGCGGCUGGAGGGGGCCCGCUGCUGCUGCCCAAGAAGCGGAAGCGGCCGGUCACGCGGCGCUCGCUGGUGCCCUAUCUGAUGGGCCGCGAGGUGGGCGCGCGGGGCCGCGCGGGGUUGCGGGGCUUCGAGGGCAGACUGCGCGGCUACGCGGUGCACAAGCUGCCCGAGCUGCUGCGGGAGCGCGAGCUGGCCCUGGGCACCCUCAACAAGGUGUUCGCGUCGCAGUGGCUGAACGCCAGGCAGGUGGUGUGCGGCACCAAGUGCAACACGCUCUUCGUGGUGGACGUGCAGUCGGGCCAGAUCACGCGCAUCCCGCUCUUGCGGAAUCGGAAACCCGAGCCGCCUCGGGCCCAGCCAAGCUGUGGCAUCCACGCCAUCGAGCUGAAUCCCUCCAAGACGCUUCUGGCCACCGGGGGCGAGAACCCCAACAGCCUGGCUGUCUACCAGCUGCCCACCCUGGACCCCGUGUGCCUGGGCGACCGCCACGGCCACAGGGACUGGAUCUUCGCCAUCGCCUGGAUGAGCGACACUGUGGCUGUGAGCGGGUCCCGCGAUGGCACUGUGGCUUUGUGGCGAAUGGAUCCCUACAGGGUCAAUGGCAGCAAAGCCUGGCACAAUGAUGAAGAGCUCCCCGUGUACGCCCACAUCCGUCCGAGGGACAUGGAGACCAUCCCCAGGUCCAGCACCAACCCCAGUAACCGAAAGGUGCGGGCCCUGGCCUUUAAUCACAAGAACCAGGAGCUGGGAUCAGUGUCCCUAGACGGCUACUUCCACCUGUGGAAAGCCCGCAGCACCCUGUCCAGGCUGCUGACCAUCAGGCUGCCCUACUGCAGAGAGAACGUGUGCCUGACCUACUGCGACGAGUUGUCCCUCUAUGCGGUGGGCUCCCAGUCCCACGUCUCCUUUGUGGAUCCGCGCCAGCGCCAGCAGAAUAUCAGGCCCCUGUGUUCCCGAGAGGGCGGCACUGGUGUGCGCUCGCUGAGCUUCUACCAGCACAUCAUCACUGUGGGCACAGGCCAUGGCUCCCUGCUCUUCUAUGACACCCGUGCCCAGAAGUUCCUGGAGGAGAAAGCCUCUGCCAUCUUGGGCUCCACCAGGGAGCCUACAAGGAGGAAGCUCAGGCUCACGUGUGGCAGAGGCUGGCUCAAUCACAAUGAUUUGUGGGUGAACUUCGGUGGCAUGAAUGAGUUCCCCAAUGCUCUCUACACCCACUGCUACAACUGGCCUGAGAUGAAGCUCUUUGUGGCUGGGGGGCCUCUCCCUUCAGGCCUCCACGGGAACUAUGCAGGCCUCUGGAGCUAAGGAUGGCCACUGUGUUCUCCAAGUGCCCAGAUUUUCCCUCUAGUCCCCUCUCAUUUUCCUUCACACCACCACCUUUUUUGCAAAGAAUUUUAGUUAACCAUUAAUUGUGUUCUCUCUUUGAGUGAUUCACAUAUGCUAUUUCUCUGGGCUGUACAGUCAUGGUUCCUAUUGCAAUUCAGUGCUUUAGUUUUUACCAGUAUUUCAAUAGUAUGUUCAGGUCACAUUUCUGAUGUAUGUUAUUUCAGGAAACUGCUACAAAGUGUCUUUUGGGCUGGUCUGAGAAACAACCCAUAAUAUAACAGGGCAGGUUUAUAGCCCUGCUCCAAUUAGAAAAUGCUUUUCAAGUUCUAGAUUGCCACCAUUUGGGGGGUGUUUCAUUUAGAUGUUUGAAACUCAGUAUUUGCUCUUUGUAUAUUGUUGGUGCAUAAAAUACUUUAAAAAAUAUGUUCUCUUAGUUAAGAAAUCUUACAAUGGUGUUCAUCCUAUUAAUUGCAGUUUUGAUUAUUCAAUGUAAAUUUAGCAUCACUACCCCUAGGCUCUCAUUCUUCUUGUUUAAAGCUGCUAUAUUAUGGCCUGAUUUCUUGGGAAGCAUUUAUGUUACAGAUUUUCAGAGCUAAUCAAAACUGAGCUAUAUGUGGCAGGACAAUCAGAGAGGUUCUUUUUGGGGUUAACAUUUCUUUAAAAUUCAGGUAACAUUAUCCAGACAG